AUGGCAACGGGGCGCGACUCUCCCAACCUGUUGGACACAGUCGAUAUGGUUCAGACGGCAGCUGCCGUGAAGGAGCAGUUUCAGCAAUUUGAUGACCAGGCCACUGGCACCAUUGGCAAAGAGGACUUGAGGAGACUCAUUGAAAGCCUCGACCAGUUCGCCCCGGAUGAGAUCGACAGGAUCCUCAACCUAGCGGCCGCCAAUGGCAACGAGAUCGCCUACGAGCCCUUCAUCGACUGGGCCUUCAACAGCGCUAAGGCGUUGGAGCACCGGAAGGACCGGCUGCGACAGGUGAAGCUCUUCCAGGCGAGCUGGAAAUCGAGGAGUGCGCAAAGGUCUUGGAGCUGA